AUGAUGAAGUCAAUAUUCAUAUUUAUACUAUUUAAAUUUAUAAUUUCCUCUGAAAUAGCUGGUUCCUCAUCCCCACUCCUAAAACAUAAAGAUGAAAGUUUAGAACACAAAACUAAUUCGUCUGAUAGUUUUUAUGAUUUGAAUGAUAUUAACACUCAUUUAAGUGACACGGAUGAUUUGGAAGAUGAUGUUUUAAUAUUAUCUAAGUCUACUUUUAUUCACAAAGAAGAAGAUUCCAUUUUAACAAGAAGCAUCGAGCCUCUUAGUACAACAGAAGAACGCAAAUCACUAAAAAGCGCAUCAGAAGAUAGCAAGAAGGCAGAUAAAGAAGUUCCACUAACCAGCGGCAAAGUAGAUUUAAGUAAAAAAGUAAUAAAGCCAGUACGUGUACCGAUAGAUAAGAUAGGUACCACCGAGUCUAAGAGAAGUAAAAAGGAAGAUAAAAAACUCAGUGAGUUGAUAGACACCGAACUCUUGAGUAAAACUAACCUGAAGGGAAACACAUUGCCACUAAAACUAUCAAACCAUUUGAUAACAAAACUAACAGAAAAUCUAGGAUACUUUGCGAAGCAUCCAAACAAUUUGGUAGAUCAGCUGGAGAAAUUGUCUAAUCAAAAGUUGCCGAAAGAGUACAAAGGAAAGUUAUUGUCGGAGUUAGCAAGGUACAGCAACGAAUUGGAACUAAUAUCGAGUGAAGCAAGCAGUGUAGAACUGACAGAUAAAGAAACAAUAAGUCAAGUAGCGGAAGCGAAGGAGGAGCUGGAAAGCAGAUUCGCAGAAAUAUUAGUGCCAAUACUGGUGCCACUGUUGAAGCCACUGCUGGAAAACAUCAUAAUCAGAGUAACGAGUAAAGAUUUCUACAUAGAUAUAAGGGACUUCUUUCAAAACCUGUUCAAAAUCAAAAGUGACCCUGGCUGGACGUUCUGGAAAGGAUUUAAAAGAAUAUUCUUCGGAAAAACAGACGAGGAGCUGGAAGAAUACAGAAAGAAGGAAUUAGAUAAGCUGUUCGUAACAUUGAAGGAAAAGUUAGAAGGAGGACUGGUGAGAGACAUAGUAGAAGGAGUACUGGGAGAAAAGGAACAAACAGAAGAGGGAACAGAUAAAGAUAAAACAUCAAAUAAAGUAAGAGACCCAGAAAAGUCACCAAAAGGUGACGGAAAGACUAAGGAAGUUUCAGGAAGAGAUAAAGAAAAAACGCCGUUCCAACCACCAGAAAUAAAAGGAAGCACCAACGAAGCAAUUAAAAACCGUAAAAAGUUAACAGAAAAGGAAAAGUUAGAUAGAGAAGCAGAAUUGGAAGGAAUAGACCUAGAAGGAUUGUCACCACUGCCAGAGCCAUUGACGCCAGAAGAAAAGGAAGCAACAGAAAGAGCAGAAAAGUUGCUCAAAGAAGGAAGAGUGAAGGAGUACAGAGAGCUGGUAAAGAGAUUGAACGACUACUACGAGGAAAAAAUAAGGAGAAAGGAAGGAAGUUUGGCAAACAAGGGGCCGAAGGAGGGAGAGGACAAGUACUACCCGGAGAUAUUCAAGCACCUGAAAAAGGAAAAGUCGGCCUUUAGGGAGGCGAGUAUGCUGUUGGCGCUGGGACUGGGAGUGUUCUACGCAUAUGUGCCGAGAGUCGGAGACCACGUGAUAGGCAUAAUAACGAAUAAGAACAACGACUACUACACAGUAAACAUAAACGACCUGUACGAAGGAUUCCUACUGUGUAUCGAUGGGUUUAGAGGAGCAACAAAGAAAAUAAAGCCACAAUUGGCACAAGGAGAUGUCGUAUUCUGCCAAAUACUGUCCAUAUAUAACUACAAUCUCAUCGAGUUAACAUGUAAAAACGUGGAUGAAAUAAAGUCAUUCUCAACAAAUGAAACGUACUUUGGACACCUGACAAAAGGAAUGACGAUUAAAAUACCACUAACACACUCAAAAAUACUGUGUAACGAUGUGGAUAAUUAUACACUCUCACUAUUGAAAGAUUACAAGUUUCAAAUAGCAGUAGGGUUCAACGGAAAGUUAUGGGUCAAUUGUGGAAAUAAUGACUUGACACUGAAAAUAUGCCGCUUCAUAAAGUUGUCUUACGGAUUGAGUCAAGUUCAAAUUAAUCAGCUGUAUCAUAUAAUUUUUGCAUAA